GCCAAUCACGCCAGCACCCAUGCAAGUGCAAGGGUAGCCAUAGUUUUCACAAAUUUGUGAUACGAUGGUAGACAGGUCUACUACAACCACCCUAAUAGUGGGCCCAUAUGUGGCAAGGAUGAAGGGAUGGCGGCGGAGAAACCCACCAUUGAAGGAGCAUCGGCAUCCCAAGUAAAGUGGGCUGGGAUAAUGAAGCCGGAGACGGGCCCCCUCAAAACCCUUCGCCUCAUGGUGUCGGAAGGAUGCUAUGCAGCAUACAACGCGUACAAAUGAAGACAGUUUACUAUGGCGCAAGGAAGAAAUAGUUGUCUACGAUAGCCAUGUGAACCGUAUUCAAGUCACCCAGUUUCCUAGAGCCGCGGUCUUUGAUAAGCAUACUAGUUUUUUUUCAGUCAAGCUACAGAAGAUAUUCAAUAGGAUGUUUUUAAUUGAUAGGUAAAGCAACUUGUCCGUACACUACCGGAAAGGCUUUUGUGUUUUGUGGUGAUGGGAUGACUUUGUUUAAGGAAAGUAUCAUUGCAAUAUUAGGCGGAUGUUUUAUGUGCAUGUGUUUUCGCGACUCUACAGCGGCCUGGGGUCCCAUGUGCAUGGAUAAUAUGAAAAAUGGUGAGGUCUAUCUCGAUAUGGUGUUUCUUUGCCAUUCCCACCGCCGACCACUGCUCGCAGGACUGAUGCCCUAUAGACAUAUCGCUUUGCAAACAUCGGCCAAUGCGUGAAAUAAUAAUAAUGUAGGAUGAUGGUAAACCCUUAUUAUAGUCUAUUUUAAUAAGACGAAGAUGGACGCAGAAGGUAAAGACUAAUAAAUUUCUAGCUAACGUGGCAUCGU